CCGAUGGAUAGUCCACCAACCCGCUAAAGGUCCGAAACAUAUCCAUUUUCAAAUCCCGUCAAAACCAACCCUUUUGCUGCAACUCAUCACCCCUCAAGUUCAACUCAAGCUGCAGCUAUGGCGUCGAUAUCCUUUCCGACCACCCGGACGACUCCGAGCCCGAAUUUAUUCCUAGCCUCUCCACCUCUGUUUUCUCCUAGAGCUUCUCCGGCGUCCAAUUUGCUGUCUCCUAAUGUCGGCGGAGGCCUAUCGAGCGACUUUUCGGGUCUGAAAUCCCGACCCGCUUCUCUCAGCUCUUCCUCCGGCCGUCCGAAACGCGGCUUCGUCACGAUGGUGAUUCCUUUCGAAAUGGGAAGCGCGGAGGAUCAACCUCCUCCAGAUUUAGCGUCGGUCCUCUUAGCAGAGCGAGUCGUGUACUUGGGAAUGCCUCUCUCUCCAUCUGUCCACGAAUUGUUGACUGCACAAUUUCUUUACCUUCAGUAUGAAAAUAUCAAAAAACCAGUUUACCUAUACAUAAAUUCGACUGGGACGACCAAGAAUGAUGGGAAGUAUGGCUAUGACACUGCAGCUUUUGGAAUACAUGAUGUUAUGAGAUAUCUGGAAGCCCCUAUAUAUACACUUUGUGUCGGUAAUGCAUGGGGAGAAGCUGCAAUGUUACUAGCUGCUGGUGCCAAGGGGUAUCGUGCUGCCAUACCCUCAUCUACAAUCAUGAUAAAGCAGCCAAUUUCCAGGUUUCAGGGUCGAGCUACUGAUGUGGAGAAUAUGAGAAAAGAACUCAAACGUGUGAAGGGUAUUUUGGUAAAACUCUACGCGGAAUACAUUGGUAAGUCAGAAGAGCAGAUUGAAGCAGACAUAAGGCGUCCAAAAUACUUUAGCCCCAGUGAAGCUGUUGAAUACGGGAUUAUUGAUAAGGUUCUAUAUAAUGAGAGGGCUAAUAGAGAUAAAGGAGUUCAGUCAGAUACAAAAAGGGCAGAAAACGUAUAAAAUAAUUUGGAAGUUCCUAUCUUAUCACCUGCUACAAGCCGAGGAUUUUUCUAUGAUUAUCAUAGAUUGGAGGGCCUGUUUUGUGAAGUUUGACCAUAAAUGCGCAACAAAGUUGGUCUGGUCUGCUUAUGUUUUUUCUUGCUGUGCUUGCCAAUUUAGGUCAAACUUGUGUUAUAUUGAAGUUUAUAUUAUAUGCAUUUACUUCUGGCUCUGCACUCUGCAGUCCUUUUGUAGAUGCACUGCAAUGUGUAAUGUCGAAAAUGUGUUGAUCGACUUGGUUUUAUUUAUCCGAUGCUGAUUUAUCUUGUUAGGUGGACUGAAUGGAAAUACUACACAAAUUUACUUUAUGUGAAGUUAACAGUUUUGGUUCAUUUGUUGGUAGGUACCAUCAAAUUAUAAAAAUU